UCAAACUAACCCCUGAAGAGAGAGAGAGAGAGAGAAUGAUUUCAAUUUCAGCCUUCCUUAUCUUUUCAAAUCCUCUGCAUAUUUUACGAAAUUGUCGCCGAUUUUCUCUGCAAACCCUCAAACUCUCCGAAUUUUCCGUCUCUAAUCCUAUCCACUCUUUCUUUAGUCAUUUCUCACCCAAUCGAACCUUUGAACUUCAAUCUCUCCCUGAAAUUCUUAUCCAAAACAGUUUGCAUUGUGUGCAAUUGGAGCAUUUUUUUGGGUUCUCAGAUUAAAUGUAGAUGAGAUUUAAAGGUCCAUGCGAACUCAUUCCAGAGCUGAAAAGAACAUGUAUCACUAUCGAGGAUUGAGUUUCAAAAAUAAUGCCAAGGUUUUGUGAAAACGAGUGAGAACUCCAAAGAUAAAAGGGAUUUCAACGGGAUCGUGUUUAUCCUUGGUAUUUGGAGACCGUAAAGGACCUUUAAAUUUUGACGUAUGAACCCUCUCAUGCUUGUGCGAGAGAAGUGUGAGAGGGCGAGUGUGAAGAUUUUUAAUUUCCCAGUUUGUUAGUUUAGUAGUUCAAGAAUAUUAGAUUUGGCGGGAAAAAAGGGGGUCAGAAAUGGGGUCACUUGGUGGGGAUGAGCUAUCACAAUGGGAUGUACAAUCAAAUGCCCAUGAAGAGAAGAUACUUGUCUCAGUCAGGUUGAGGCCAUUGAAUGAAAGAGAAAUUGAAAAGAAUGAUGUUUCAGAUUGGGAAUGUAUUAACAACACCACUAUUAUAUACAAGAAUAGCGUAUCAGAACGGUCAAUGUUUCCAACUGCAUAUACAUUUGACAGAGUAUUUGGGUGUGAUUCCUCCACAAAGCAGGUGUACGCAGAAGGAGCCAAAGAAGUUGCUCUUUCUGCUGUCAAUGGCAUUAAUUCAACUAUUUUUGCAUAUGGGCAGACAAGCAGUGGAAAGACAUACACAAUGUCUGGCAUUACUGAACAUGCUGUAGCUGAUUUAUUUGACUACAUACAUAUGCAUAAUGAUAGAGAAUUUGUAUUGAAAUUCUCUGCAAUUGAGAUUUACAAUGAAGCUGUCAAAGACCUCCUAAGCCCAGAUAGUGGCCCACUUAGGCUACUUGAUGAUCCAGAGAGAGGAACCAUUGUCGAGAAACUUACAGAGGAGAUUUUGACGGACUGGAACCAUCUAAAGGAGCUCCUCUCUUUUUGUGAAGCUCAAAGACAAAUAGGGGAGACCUCUCUGAAUGAAACGAGUUCCAGAUCUCAUCAAAUUCUCCGACUGACAGUUGAAAGUUGUGGUCAUGAAUUCUUAGGUAGUGAAAGCUCGAGCACUCUUUCAGCCUCUGUGAAUUUCGUUGAUCUUGCGGGAAGUGAGCGUGCUACUCAGACAUUAUCAGCUGGUACAAGACUGAAAGAGGGUUGCCACAUUAACCGCAGUUUGCUAACCCUUGGAACUGUUAUUCGCAAAUUAAGCAAAGGACGAAAUGGACACAUACCUUAUAGAGACUCCAAGCUGACACGCAUACUUCAGAAUUCCUUAGGAGGCAAUGCAAGAACUGCCAUCAUUUGCACUAUGAGCCCAGCGCGCAGUUUUGUUGAGCAAUCAAGAAAUACCCUUUUAUUCGCCAGUUGUGCCAAGCAGGUAAGUACUAAUGCACAGGUCAAUUUAGUGGUGUCAGAUAAGGCAUUAGUAAAGCGUCUGCAGAGAGAGCUGGCCAGAAUGGAGAGCGAGUUGAAGAGUUUAGGCUCAGCGUCUGACAAGCCCAAUUCUGCAGCAUUACUGAAAGAAAAGGAACUUCUCAUCGAAAAGAUGGAUAAAGAGAUCAAAGAGCUAAAAAACCAACGGGAUCACGCUCAAUCCCGUGUUGAGGAUUUGUUACAAUCAGUUGGUGAAUAUAUACCUUCAAGCCCAUCGGUUGAAUGUGAUCAACUUUCGGAACGAUAUAUGCAAAAUGCUUGGGCAGAUGAAUAUUCAGCAUCAGAAUCAUCAGAGCCAGUAGAUCCUCUUUGUUUAGAUGUUACAUCCUACACAUCUCGUCUUUCUGACAUACGAGAUGGCCUUAAUUCCAACAAGAACCAUUUUCAGACCCCUGACCAAUCAAAAAACCACUUUCUGUCUGAAGGCACCGCUCCACGACGGGAAAUUGACAAACAGUUUGGAUCUGACCCAUCACAGAGUUGGGAAACGACUGAUCAAAAAACUGAUAAAAAAUCUGAAGAUCACUGCAAGGAAGUUCGGUGUAUUGAAAUGGAGGCGUCGAGCAUAGACAGGAACUUAAAAGCUGAUGCAAUAUUAUCACUGCAAAAUGGAAAUGGGGAUUUGAAUCAGACUCGUACAGAUCUUACUUGUGAAGCUUUGAAGCAAAAGAUUCAGGAAAUGCAGAAAAUAAUUGAAUAUCUUUCCAAUCCUUACCUUUUGGAACAAUCUCCAAGUUCAUCUGAAGCGGGUACUUCCAGCUCUAGAAGCAUGAAGUUAUAUAGAAGCAGAAGCUGCAGAGCUGUUCUCACAUCGUCUCGAUGGUUUGAGAAAGAAGAGAACAAUAACAACACACCACCAAACGGUGUUGAGAAAAAUUUCUCUGGAAGACCAGAAAGUAGUCAUCAACUGAAGCUUUCUGGAUUGAAGUAUGUAUCUGACAUUGCAACAGACUCCCCAAUUUCUGCUCACGGUGCUUCCUCGGACAGAGAGGAGCAGAACAUCAAGAUUUCAGGUGAAAGUGAUGUUUCUCGCAUCGGCAAUUGUGCCACAGAACUCAAUGAAGUAGAAACAUCAGAACAUGAACAGAAAUUUGCUGAUGAUUUGGUCAAAGAAGCUAAGCCAAAGACUGAUGAGUCCGGAAAAUCUGGAAGGGAUACUGGUUUGGAAUUUGUACAGGGCUCUCCAAAGUCCCCUUCGAAUUGGCCCAUAGAAUUUGAGACACAGCAGAGAAAGAUUAUUGAACUUUGGGAUACAUGCAAUACGCCAUUGGCCCACAGAACCCAUUUUUUCUUGCUCUUUAAUGGAGAUCCAUCAGAUUCUGUUUACAUGGAGGUUGAGCUCAGACGAUUGUCCUUUAUUAAGUCUACACUAUCUCAAGGAUCAAGGGUUGUGAUAGAUGGUCAGAUUAUCACACAUGCCCUAAGUGUGAGGGCUCUCAACCGCGAGAGACAAAUGCUCAGCAAACAAAUGCUUAAGAAGUUCUCAACCAAGGAGAGAGAGGUCCUCUAUCAGAAGUGGGGCAUCGGAUUGAACACAAAGCAGAGGAGGUUACAAUUGUCGCGUCGAUUAUGGACUGACAUGAAUGACAUGAACCAUAUCAAGGAAAGUGCUGCACUUGUCGCAAAAUUGGUUGGAUUUGCGGAGUCAGGUCAAACCCCCAAGGAAAUGUUUGGAUUGACCUUCUCACCUCGACUCAUAAACAAUGGUACACCCUUCCGCUUGAAACACAGCAUGUCAUCUGUAGUGUAAACUUUGUUGGAGGAGGCAUGAAGUACACCUUGCUGAAGCAUUGGCAAUCCUACAAAAAUAUUAGUAAAUAAACAAAAUUAGAAAAAAAAAAAAAUUAUAUGUGGAUAUAAAUUUGAUUUCCACUAGUCAAUGUUCUGAAAGUACUUAAAAUUUAAUUUGAACUUAUUUUUUUAUCGUGAUGUAUAUCAUGGUAAGCAGAGUAAAUCAAUGUGUUAGAUUGCUCUGCUCUUUUAAGUUGAGAAAACCCAAGUAACUCUUCAAGAUUUGUUAUAUAUAUACUGUGUCAGGAGAGUGUUUCCA